UCGUAGAAGCUUUCGGCGUCCGCUAUCGCGGCGGAACGCUCGUCGACUCAGGCAUGGACUGGACGUGCGGCGGGAAAAAGCCCUACCUCGCCAACCGGUUCGUCGAGGAGGUCGUUCGUCUGAGCCAGCUGCGGCACCCGAACCUCGUAAUGCUCUACGGCGUCGUGACGGACGGGCCGUCGCUGACGCUCGCUAUGGACCCUCCUGCAGCCUCGCUGGACGAGUGCCUGCGUCGCCACAAGGCCAUUCCCGAGUUCGUGAAGGUCUCCAUACUGCUGGACGUAGCUCGCGGGCUGCUCUACUUGCACGAACAGAAGCCGGCCGUAGCUCACACGCGCGUCUCAACGAGAUCCGUUUAUGUCUCUCCUUCCACCAGUGCCAAGAUCGGAGACGUGGGCGUGGCUGGAGCUCUCAGCGGUGAAUGUGCAGACUACGGAAUAAUGCCGCCGCAGGCGUUCGUAAAAAUUCUCGAGACUGGGACUAAAUGUACCGACGCCCAAGUGGACGUCCCAGCAUUUGGCAACGUUGUAGUGCACACCGUCUGUCAGCAGCCAUGGCUGGAUCCCCCCGGACACACUGGUCUCUCCCCCCACCUCCACACCAUGUCCAAGCACCCUCUUUACUCUCUCGCCUACCACUGCCUGCUGGGUGGCGUCCAGCUCAACACCCACCAACAGGUCCCACGAGUCGAUAUGAACUACGCCGUGCAGAGUCUUCAGCACGCAGCUAGCAAAAACACUCCCCCGUUUCCCAACACCCUCGAACUCUACCAGAGCCUCGCAGCAAUGGAGAGAGGUUCCAACAACGUAACCACCACCACCAGUUCCAUGUCUCUCGAGAAUGGCGUCCCAGCUUCCCAUUGUCGGAAUGGUGGAGACAUUCCACCGCCUGGUAGUGGUCACAAGACAUGCAAUGAACUAGCAGUUUCAAACCAACCAUUGGCAGCUCAGUCAUCUGGCUCACCCAGCAAGUCACUUUUUCCUCCUCCAACCUCAACCUUCAUAUCAACGACCAAAAGCACCUUCUCCACCCCAGACAAAUUGCAGAAUGGUGUCCAUAAUGUCGCCUUGCCAACUCUCUCAAAUGAUGAUCAUAGUAACUCUCGACGUAAUUCUACCGGUCAGAUGAAGGCUCCGCCACCAAAGCCUCCACAGAGAACCAGCUCGUUCAGAAGAAAGUCGAGCGAAAGGGUCGAGGAGAAAGACUGUCUCCAGAGAGCUGGAUCACUGCGAGUCAAGCCCAAUUCGUCAGUGCAGGGAGCAACUCCUCAACCCCAGCAGCAAACCAUCAGUCCAGUCAUCAAGAUCACUGGAGCAGUCACUGGUGGAGGAACAAAUCAAAGCUCUCUCCUCCUCCCGUCAAAGUUUAACCAUGAAACCAAACAGUUUCCACGAGGCCAGCAACCUGAACAGUUAACCUCAAACUCUAGUCCAGUUUCUGUGCAACCAACUCAACUCCCACCGCCGACAGUGGGAGCUCCACCCUCAAAUGUGCCAAACGGUUUUGCCGAGUUUGAGAUACUCCUGGCACGACAGAGGGAGAGAGUCGAAGCAGAAGAAACGGCCAAGUCUCAAACAAGCUCCGGCACUCAUGGAUUCAGAAAUGGACCAACUACUGCUGAUAACCACCAGAAUUAUUUCCUAACACCCGACAAAGCAAGAGCUGCUACCGACUUGGACCUCCCGAAGAAGAAAGCUCCGCCUCCUCCAAGAAGGUCGAGCUCAUUCCGAUCUCGCAAGAAGUACAAAGGCUCCGUGGCUCACCAGCCACAACCAGAUGUGGUCUUCCAACAACAUAUCCCCCAAUGUCCCUCAUCAACUUCUUCUUCAACUGGACAGUGCAGACCCUCGUCAGCAGAGUACAACCUUCGCCGGCUCUCUGGAGCUGAUCUGUCAGAGACCAUCUUUUGCUAGUGAUUAUAGAACACGAUGCCUGUUGUUUUGUGUGUGUACACAAUUAGAUAAGGAAAAGCACUUCUCUAUGCGCACGCUGCGCACGCAUAUUCAGCAUUCCUCGCGGUGAUAAAGCGCAUCCUGUGUUCUGCAGCGCAGCGGUGCUGUGUGUGUUCAGUUCUCGACUCGCGUGCGAUUUGGGAUAAAACAACUAAUGGCGGACAUCAAGGAAUCCUUAGAGCAGCUAACCUACACUGCCGGUCCGUGGAUCGAGGAGACGCGGGUCAAGCUAGCCCAGGGGCAUUACGGCACCGUCUACGCCAUCAAGAUACGCGGCCUGCAGUGUGCUGGGAAGAAAUUCGACGCUAGACUAUUUGAGAAGCCAGCGAGAGAUCAACACGAGGGCGAGGAAUCUACGACGGGGCAAGUGUUUGUCGAGCAGUGUUUGCAGCUUGCGCAAGUUCGCCAUCCGAACGUCGUGCAGUUGUUGGGGGUGCUGUUCGGCAGCAGCAACUCGGGCCCGACGCUCGUUAGCGAAGUUCUCCCACUCAACUUGGCAAAAUGCCUUGAAGACUACCAGCACAUGCCCACCUACGCGAAGAGCUCCAUACUCCUAGACGUGGCCAACGGGUUGCGCUACGUUCACGAGCAGAAGAAGCCGAUGGUGCACGGCCGUCUCUGCCCGGAAAAGAUCCUCCUCACCAUCUCCCUGCAAGCCAAGAUCUGUGGGUUCGUCAAUCCGUCAGGAGUCUCGCUCCCAGAUUCCAGCUACACGGCUCCGGAAGCCGCAGAGCCCGGAGGCGGCUUGCGGACGGUGAAGGGCGACGUCUUCAGCUACGGAAACCUGGUGCUCCACGUCGUCACUCAGCAGUACCCCCAGCCUGCGGCGAAGGAGCGGUUGGAUCC